AUGGCGAUCGCCAUGGGCUGGAAGAAGCCCGACAAUGUCGCAGGCACAGCAGCGCCAGCUAUCAUGGUCGGCCUGUUUGUUGCAUCUGGCGGAUUGCUCUUUGGCUAUGACACUGGGUUAGAAAUUGUCGGUCUGGUGAAGGGCUAUGACUACAUGGUGGUCCUACAACUCUGCCGAACACGUCGGGAAAUUAAGAAGCGUUCCGCAUCAGCUUGCUAA